UCUUCAAACCUGAAAACUGGUUUCUCUCCAACAUGAAGUUUUCAAUUUAAAAAAAUUAACUCUAACCUCUCUUGAACAAUCUUUCAAAGGAAAUAAAUCUUGAAGCGUGAAUUAUUUUAUUUUAUUUUAAAAUUGGAAGAGAUGAAUCAACAUAGUACUACAGUUAAUUUUACAAAUAAACCUUCAUUACCCAAGCUAUCAAGUCCAAAAACAACCAUAAUGAUUAACAGUAGCUUCAACAAAUUAAAGUUUGCUUCAUUUUACUCUGUUUUCAGUGGUUAUGAGACACGUUUACAACCUAAUUGCAGGAGAGGUUUACUGGGUUUGGUCUCCAACAGAGAAUUACUUCCUCAUACUACUCAAGGGAAUGACUAUUAUGAUGAAUUGUGCAAAGAAGGAAGAAUUAUUGAUGUUAUUGAAGAUAUAGAGAAGCAUGGUGAGUCUUUAGAUCAGAAUAGCUUAAUUUUAAUCAUUCAAGCAUGUAUUGAUUCAAAUUCGUUGGUAUCUGGAAGAAGAAUCCAUGAUUACAUAAUGGGUUCAUCAAAAAAAUUUAGUAUAAGCAGUUUUAUCUGCAAGAAAUUACUUGAAAUGUUUAGUAAAUUGGGUAGUGUAAAUGAUGCCCUUAAAGUGCUUGAAGAAAUGCCUCAGUCUAAUUUGGAUUCGUGGAACAAUGUGAUUAUGGGUUUUGCUAAAAGCGGGAAAUGUGAAGAGGCUCUUAGAGUUUUCAGCGAGAUGAAGAAAAAGGGGUUUACACCAAACGAGUCAACUUUUACUGGAGUUUUGAUGGCUUGCCGAAGCUUAGGAGCAUUGGAGGAAGGCAUGGCACAUUUGGAAUCGAUGGAGAAGGAUUACGGCAUUACUCCUUUGACGGAACAUUAUGUAAGCAUUGUUGAGCUUCUUGGAAAAUUGAGAAAGAUCAGUGAAGCUGAGGCUUUUAUAAAUAAGGUGAUGCCAAUUGGACAAAAUUCUAUAUUAUGGGAGACCCUAAGAAAGUACUCUUCAACUGGGACGAAUCAGCGAUUGGCUGAAAAUUCUAUUGCAUCUGCUUCUGGUUUGAAUUGUAGCAAUAAAAAGAGAUCAAAGAAUAACCUGAUCUCAAACCAAAAGAGAGAGAUUCCUAAGAAGAGUGAGGCUUAUGUGAAGCUAAAGUCGUUAGGUGAGGAAAUGAAGGCAGCUGGUUAUGUGCCGGAUACCAAAUAUGUACUUCAUGAUAUCGAUGAAGAAGCUAAAGAGAAGGCAUUGAUGUAUCAUAGUGAGAGGUUAGCCAUUGCAUAUGGGCUUAUUAGUACACCAGAAGGAACUACAUUGAGAAUAAUCAAGAACCUCAGAAUAUGCGGGGAUUGUCACAACGCUAUUAAGAUCAUAUCUAAAAUUGUUGAAAGGGAGAUUAUUGUGAGAGAUAACAAAAGGUUUCAUCAUUUCAAGGAUGGAAAAUGUUCUUGUGGAGAUUAUUGGUAGAGACAAUUAUAAAUCCAAACACGAGUUUAAUCUUAAAA